AAUAAAUAACAACAGAAAAAAAAACGUACGGUUACAAGCAAACAAACGAAGAAACACACCGGAGCAGCCGCUGAGGGGCGGGAGGAGCACCGGGGAGGAGAACCGCGGCGGAGGGGGAGCUGCGAGGGGGUUCGGGCCGCAGGGAAGCGUCGAAGCUCCGCGACUCCAAACGGCUCAAACAGCUCUGCGCUCGGACCAACAAACAAACAAACAAACGAAACGGGAGAUAAACAAGCGGCUCCCCUUGCUGCCAUCAGGAUGCAGAGCACUUCUAAUUACCUGUGGCUGAUCUCAGACCUGCUGGGUCAGGGAGCCACGGCCAACGUUUACCGAGGGCGGCACAAGAAAACCGGCGACCUGUACGCAGUCAAAGUCUUCAACAACCUGAGCUUCCUGCGGCCGCUCGACGUCCAAAUGAGGGAGUUCGAGGUCCUGAAGAAGCUGAACCACAAGAACAUCGUGAAGCUGUUCGCUGUGGAGGAGGAGUCCAACACUCGUCACAAGGUGCUGGUGAUGGAGUACUGCCCCUGCGGGAGUCUCUACACCGUCUUAGAGGAAUCGUCCAACGCCUACGGACUCCCCGAGGACGAGUUCCUCAUCGUCCUGCACGAUGUCGUGGCGGGCAUGAACCACCUGAGGGAGUACGGCAUCGUCCACCGAGACAUCAAACCGGGGAACAUCAUGAGGGUGAUCGGAGAGGACGGGCGCUCCGUCUACAAGCUGACCGACUUCGGCGCCGCCCGGGAGCUGGAGGACGACGAGCAGUUCGUGUCGCUGUACGGCACCGAGGAGUACCUGCACCCCGACAUGUACGAGCGCGCCGUGUUGAGGAAGGACCACCAGAAGAAGUACGGCGCCACGGUGGACCUGUGGAGCAUCGGCGUCACUUUCUACCACGCCGCCACCGGCAGCCUCCCUUUCAGGCCGUUCGAGGGGCCGCGCAGGAACAAGGAAGUGAUGUACAAGAUCAUCACGGAGAAGCCGUCGGGGACGAUCUCCGGUCACCAGAAGUGUGAGAACGGGAAGAUCGAGUGGAGCACGGAAAUGCCCGUGUCCUGCAGCCUGUCCAAGGGUCUGCAGAGCCUCCUCACCCCGGUCCUCGCCAACAUCCUGGAGGCGGAUCAGGAGAAGUGUUGGGGCUUCGACCAGUUUUUCGCCGAGACCAACGACAUCCUGCACCGGACCGUGGUCUACGUCUUCAGCCUGCAGCAGGCCACGCUGCACCACGUCUACAUCCACGAGUACAACACGGCGGCGCUGUUCCAGGAGCUGCUGUGCCGCCGGAGCAGCAUCCCGCUGCACAACCAGGAGCUGCUGUACGAGGGCCGCCGCCUCGUGCUCGACCCCAACCGCCAGGCCAUGACCUUCCCCAAGACCUCCAGGGACAACCCCAUCAUGCUGGUCAGCCGCGAGUCCGUCGCCACCGUCGGCCUCAUCUUCGAAGACCCCAGUCCUCCCAAAGUCCAGCCGCGCUACGACCUCGACCUGGACGCCAGCUACGCAAAGACGUUCGCGGGAGACGUGGGACAUCUGUGGAAGACGUCCGAGUCUCUGCUGGUUUAUCAGGAACUGGUGCGGAAAGGAGUCCGAGGCCUGAUCGAGCUGAUGAGGGAGGACUACAGCGAGAUCCUCCACAAGAAGUCUGAAGUCUUCCACCUCUGUAGCUUCUGCACGCAGCUCCUGGAGAAGACGGAGCAGCUGCUGGAGGUGCUGAUGCAGGCCAACAUGCUGUCGUCUGAAUACGACGAGAUCUCCGACAUGCACAAGAAAGUCCUGAGAAUCUCCGGCUCUCUGGACCCCAUCGAGAGGACGUCUCAGGACAUCAAGAGCAAGUUCCUGCCCGGAGGCCUGCUGACCGACGGCUGGACGCAGCAAGUGGGGACGCACCCCGAGGACCGCAAUGUGGAGAAAAUCAAAGUGCUGCUGGACGCCAUCACCACGAUUUACCAGCAGUUCAAGAAGGACAAAGCCGAGAGACGUCUGCCAUACAACGAGGAGCAGAUCCACAAGUUUGAUAAACAGAAGCUGGUCCUUCACGCCAGUAAAGCUCGCGCUCUGUUCACGGAGGAGUGCGCCAUGAAGUACCGACUCUUCAUCUCCAAGAGCGAGGAGUGGAUGAGGAAGGUUCAUCAUGUGAGGAAGCAGCUGCUCGGCGUGUCGGGUCAGCUGAUCAGCAUCGAGAAGGAGGUCAGCAUGCUGAUGGAGCGCGCCAUCAAGCUCCAGGAGCAGCUUCCUCAGAAGGUUCUGCCGGUGGUGUCCAGCGGGAUGAAGCCUCAGGCCUACCUGAGCCAGAACACGCUGGUGGAGAUGACCCUGGGGAUGAAGAAGUUGAAGGAGGAGAUGGAGGGUGUGGUCAAAGAGCUGGCAGAGAACAACCACUUCUUAGAGAGGUUCGGGACUCUGACGCUGGACGGCGGUCUGAGAGGGUGAUUCUGCUGAAGACGCGUUUUUUUUUUUUUUUGUAAAAUCCACGCUGUGACCAAGAGGAAGAGGAAGACGUCUGUAACCGCAGAGCCACCGGGCGAGCUCCACUCCCUGAAACAUCGCUCCUCCUGCCGCCACCGCCGAGCGGACGCCUUCAUCUGAACCAGCGUUCACCGCCGCCACACCGCCGCCUGCCUCCGAACAGCUGAACUUCUCUAAAGCACUGAUUCCCUCUAUUCUGAACGAGACUCCUCCGACUCAUACAAACGGAAAAACUGAAGGUCAAACAUGUAAUCAGGCUCCAUUCACCUUUGAUAUUAAAAACGUAAAGUUAUUAAAGCACCUCUUUGGUCAGUGCCCCGGUCUGCCCCCCGGUGGUCAGAAGGGGAACUGAAAGCUGCCGGUUCAGAUGAACGUGUUCGCUGAGAUUUAGCGGGAUUCAAGUUUAUCACAGUUAAUUUAAGGGAGGUUUUUUAUUAUUAUUAUUAUUAUUGAAUUAAAUGUGAUUUGAGGUUAUUAUUUUGCUUCCUGCCUGAUUUUAUCAUACGUCAGAGACUCCAUUGUACAGAAAAACUUUGAUUUUUCAUAUGAACAGGAGUGUGGGAGGCGUUAGGAGGUCCGGUAAAGUGACUUUAUGUUUCUCCUCUUUUUAUUCAGUAGUUUCUCAGAGUUCUCGUGUUUAUUUAUCGCUCUGUAUUCAACAAACGACUCCCGGUUACCAUGGAAAUGCUUGUUUUUGCCAAUCAGCAUUAAGACAAACCUGUAAAUAAAUGAAUAAACACGUCAGAAACUC